AUGGUUCGCCGAGCAAGAAAGUUCAAGCAUCGAGACGAUGGAGUGCGGAUCUUCGCCGCAAGCCUGAAAGACAUUGAGAAGGCAUUGACUCCGAGGAAGAAGUCAGACCCGAGAGAGAAGCUGCCCCGUCACUACCACGAGUACCUAUCCGUCUUCGACCGCGACCAAGCGGACCAACUCCCACCGCGUCAACCGCCGUGGGGACCAUUGUACGGCAUGUCACGAGAAGAGCUCAUUGUUCUGCGAAAGACUCUCACUGAGCUACUCGACAAGGGUUUCAUUCGAGCAAGUAGUUCUCCAGCGUCAGCACCAGUUUUGUUCAAAGACCGAUAUCCCUUGCCGUUGAUCGAGGAAACUUUGCGGUCGCUGUCCAAGGCCAAGUGGCUCACCAAACUUGACGUUAUCGCAGCAUUUCACAAGAUUCGCGUCGAGGAGGAGACGAGUGGAAGACAGCAUUCAGAACACCGUUACAUAAACCACACGUUGCGAGAUUUCCUCGACGAGUUCUGUUCCGCUUACAUUGACGACAUCUUGAUCUACUCGAGCGGUUCGCUCGCAGAUCAUCGCAACAAAGUCAGGCAGGUCCUUGCUCGACUGCGAGAUGCAGGCCUGCAGAUUGAUAUCGACAAGUGUGACUUUGAGGCAAAGAGUGUCAAGUACCUGGGCUUCAUCGUCGAAGCCGGGAAGGUAUCCGCGUGGACCCGGAGAAGAUUCUCCAACAUCGCCGCGCCUCUAACGGCGUUAACAAAGAAGGAUGCGGUGUUUGCGUGGUCGAAGGAGUGCGACAAGGCCUUCGAGGAGUUGAAGGCUCUUCUGACCAGUGCGCCGGUCCUUGCGCAAUGGGAUCCGGAUAGAGAGACGAUUGUGGAGACGGAUUCAUCCGGUUAUGUCACAGGAGGGGCGCUCUCGCAAAAGGGCGAUGACGGCAUCAUGCGGCCUGUGGCCUUCUUCUCAAAGAAAAACGCACCGGCGGAGUGCAACUACCCAAUCCACGAUAAAGAGCUGCUGGCGAUCAUUCGCUGCCUUGAGCAUUGGGACGCCGAAUUGAGGAGUGAAGUCCUUUACCGUUUUGACGGAUCAUCUCAACCUCCGUUACUUCACCAGAAGCAGCAACUGAGUGAACGUCAGGCGCGAUGGGCUGAGACGCUAUCGCGGUACAGCUUCACCAUCAAGCAUCGACCGGGCAAAGAAGCCGUCGUACCGGACACGCUGUCUCGACGAGAACAGGACAUGCCGCACAGCGCCGAAGAUGAUCGGUUGCAAGGACGACGUGUUCAGCUGCUGCAACGUAACAAGGGUGGCCUGGUGACAAAAGUCAAGAGCGGUUAUGUCACCAAGGGCGACACGGAUCAACCCGAUGACGCAACAACUGACCAAGACGACUCAAUCGAAAACCCUUUCUCGGACCCGGAACUGCAGAAGUUAUGGGACGAAGGUGUCAAGCACAAUCGUUAUUGGCUCAUCCGAAAGGCCCGAAUUUGGGUGCCGAACCACGAACCCCUGCGACACCCCGGACGGGACAUGCUGAAGUCCUUGUUGAGCCGCAAGUUUUAUUGGCCAGGCCUCGAUUCAGACCCGCUACCUAUUCCAGACAGGAUCUGGUCGGAGCUGUCAAUUGACUUUGUGACAGACCUGCCACCAACCAAGUCGAACGGUUCGACCAACCUUAUGGUCGUGACGGACAGACUGUCCAAAAGUGUCGUUCUUGAGUCAUUGAAGGACAUCACGGCCGAGACGACGGCCAGAGCAUUGCUACGGAACGUGGUGCAACACCAUGGCGUGCCGCGCGCGAUCGAUAACUGGGAAGAGCUGUUGCCAGCGGCCAUGAUGGCCAUCAACAAUCACAACUCGACGUCGACAGGCCUGAGCCCGUUCUUUAUCACGCAUGGGUAUCAUGUUGACCUGAUACAAGUCAAGGAGAAGUUACGGACGGACGGAAGGUCCCCAGUGACCAGGGCUGAAAGCAUUGUGCAACGAUUUCGAGAGCCGUCAGACCAGUUCAAGCCUGGAGACAAGGUAUGGCUGCGACUUCGCAACAUCCGAUCCAAUCGGCCAUCCAAGAAGCUCGAUUGGCUGUCGGCCAAGUACACCGUCCUGGAGACCAUUGGGUCACACGCGUGCAGGCUGGACACGCCUCCGGAAUACACAACGUGUUCCACGUGUCGCUCUUACGCUUAG